AUGUCUCAGCAAGGCCGAACAAAAUAUCGUACGCAGGUAUGUCUUUACGGCACUGACCGCCGAACACAUGAAGAUAAAACGCUUCUACCUCGAGAGGACAUCCCCGAUGUUGCCAUUCUGGGAGGAGGCAUCACUGGACUCGCUACUGCAUACUAUCUAAGAAAGUACUUACCGCACUCAACGCGUAUCGAACUCUUUGAGGGAAGCUCUCGCCUGGGCGGCUGGUUGAAUUCUACGUCGAUUGAUGUAGGAGAUGGAAAGGUGGUGCUCGAGAGUGGACCAAGGACUUUGAGGCCAAAUCCGCCUAAUGGCGCUGUCACACUUGAUUUGGUUCAUGAUCUGGGCCUGAACGAUGAAGUGAUUAGUACAAUCAAGAAUUCUCCCGCUGCACGUAAUCGUUAUGUAUACUACCCUGAUCAUUUGGUGCGUAUGCCUGGUCCUGGUUCCAGCAUACUGGCGAGUCUCACUUCGAUUUUGCGGGAACCGCUCUUCGAAAAGACUCUCUCGCACGUCUUGUCCGAGGCUGCUGUUCAGCCACGCCCGGAGGACUUGGAGGAUGAAUCAAUAGGAUCUUUUAUUUCGAGAAGAUUCGGUAGAGGGAUUGCAGACAACAUCGUCUCGGCUCUGUUUCAUGGAAUCUACGCUGGAGACAUCUACAAGUUGAGUGCUCGUACGAUCAUUCCGUCACUCUGGCAUACAGAGUCGCAUCACAACUCGAUCAUGGUCGGAAUGCUUUCUAUGCUUUUUGGGGGAGGACGACCCAUUAGCGACGAAGACUUCUUGCUGCUGUAUGAUUUCAACGGACCUCUCCGGAACAGAAGGAACCACUCCGAGGAAGCAAGGAAAAGCAGUGUCUUCACUUUCCACGGUGGGCUUGGACGACUCGUCAGUAGACUAGAGGCGAAACUUUGCGAGAGCCCUAACGUGUUCAUACACAAGCAAACCGCUGUUUCUUUUGACGUAAACGAAAGCGAUCCAGAAGGCGGAAACCUAGAAGAAGCCCAUGGAAGUCGAGACUUCAGCCAUGUCGUUUCAACCGUAUCUAGCUCGGCCCUCGGUCAAUGCCUUGGAGAUCAUAGAAUCGCAUCCAACCUUCUCGAAACCAAGUCGGUUACUGUCAUGGUCGUAAAUCUUGUCUUUGCGAAUCCAUCUAUACUUCCCGUUCAGGGCUUUGGAUAUCUUCUCCCCCGUUCUCUUCCCUAUGAGCAGAACCCUGAGUUAGCACUGGGUGUAAUAUUCGAUUCAGAUGCCACCCCAAGACAAGACACUGCUCAGGCGACUAAAGUCACUGUGAUGUUGGGUGGCCACUGGUGGGAUGACUGGCACGAUUAUCCUGAUGAAGAACAGGGGGCAAGCAUGGCCAAGGCUAUCCUCAAGAGGCAUCUCAGCAUCGAAGAGGAUCCAAUCGUAAUCAGAGUAAGUCUGCACAAGAACUGUAUUCCUCAAUACCAUGUCGGUCACGACGGUCGAAUGGCAAGUCUUGGCCAAGAAUUGGAACGGGCUUUCAGCGGCAAACUCAGGGUAGCAGGCAGUAGUUAUACCGGCGUUGGCUUCAACGAUUGUGUGAGAGCUGCACGAGACGUUGCCCUAGGGCUUACUACUGGGCAAGACAAAACGGGACUGGACACAUUUGUUCGUGGUCGAAAGUGGAGCUGGCUACAGCCUCACUUAGUCAAGUAUGAUUAG